GUUUUGCUUUAUCGGGUUGUCCCUUUCCCUAGGAAUGUUCAUGGCCAGUUUGGCUUUCCCUCGUUAAAUACAAUCUACUAGUUCAAAGCAGCUGAAUACCAUCCUCUUGUCCCGUGUAUGCCCGUCAAUAUCAUUCCAAAGACUCCUCCGUAUCGUCAGUCUGGCUGUCGAUCUACAUGGUUGCCUAUCGAGCGGGGCCGUGAUUGUCGCCAAAGGAUUGUUCGGCCAACAUACCACUUAGCAUUUCGUACGGAAUAAUACCUAGCCAGCAUGCUUGCAGAUACAGAUAUUCAGGCCCUGGAUGCCGGUCUAGAGUCGGUGGCCCGCCAGAGCGAACAGCAUCAUGACAACCUGCGCAAUCUCCUCCAGCGCUUCCAUCUCCUUCUCGACGAUUAUAAUCGGUUGAAAAGCGACUAUGAAGAGGAGAAGGAGUCUCGUGAGAAAUAUAAAAAGCUGGCUCGUGGUCAGGAGCGGAACCCAUUUGUUCUGGUGCUAGUUGAUGGUGAUGGCUGUCUGUUUAAGGAACAUCUUGUCAAGGCCGGCAGUGACGGUGGUAUCACCGCGGCCAGGCUCUUGAGCGAUUCCAUCAAAGAGCUGAUCCAGGACCGACUCGGAAGUCAGGCCGAUCAGUGCCGUAUUAUGGUCCGUAUCUAUUCUAAUGUUCUUGGGCUUUCGAAGUCGUUGGCUCGCUCUGGCCUCUUGGGCUACGAGGCUCGGUCUCUAUCGCCGUUCGCCGCUAGUUUCACCCGGUCGCAGGACCUUUUUGAUUAUGUUGACGCAGGGGAUAAGAAAGAAGGCGCAGACUAUAAAAUCAGAGAAAUGUUCCGGCUAUUUGCCGAUAAUAACCAAUGCAAACAUGUCUUCUUUGCGGGAUGUCAUGACGCAGGAUACCUGUCUAUGUUGACACCCUAUCGUGGCAAGUCCGACCGUAUUACCCUGAUCAAAGCCGCGUCGUUCCAUGCAGAAUAUGCAAAGCUUGACAUCCCAAUCAGGGAGCUGCCGGCCGUCUUUGCGACCUCCACUCCAGGUGGAAACCAUAUCGGUAACGGUAAUGGGAAUGGGAAUGGUCUCAGCCUCGGCCCUGCGUUUAACAACCACAAUGGCCAGAAGAGUAUACCAACUGCACCUUCCCGGCAGAUCUGCAAGCACUUCCAAAAGGGCAUUUGCCGAUUCGGCAACGAAUGUAUGAAGGUCCACAUAAUGCCAAGCCAACAGCUUGCUCAAUCAAAACAUAACGUGCCACCCCCGAUGUAUUCUCCCACCAAAGUCCGAGACGAGGCAUACUAUUUCAAAAGCCUACCGGGCACGUGGGGGAAGUACAAGGAUCACAUCGCAGUGAACAGCGAGGAGGAGCGUAUUGAUAGCUAUUGUCCUUUUCCUUCGACGGACGCCUGGGACUCCUAUAACCGUCGCAUCAAGCAGCAGAAGCUGUGUAAUAGACAACAGCUGGGCGGGGACUGUGACAAUUACGCCUGUGAGUUUGACCACGGUCCUGCAAGCGAGGAUUGCAUUCAUGUCAUGCGGUACAUCUUAAGGCAGCACGUAUGCCCCAGGGGCGGGCGCUGCCGAUCCAUCAAAUGCUAUCUUGGCCAUAUAUGCCAAAAGGACGGCUGCCGGGGGCUUAAACCGUGCAAGUUUGGCCGUCAUGCACACACUAUCAACCUGAAGGUGGCGCAGUGGGUAUUGCCAAUCGAGCAGGCCGACAAUAGCGAAAUGGCCGACCCGAGUGAACAAUCCGACCCGUCCUUUGAGGACAACUCAACCACCACCACUGAUCAACCACUUAGUCCGUCGUCCCUACUCGACGGGAUUCUUAUCACCUAGCCGCGAACGAAGUCACCAAAAGGCCUUCUGACCAACACGCGCGCUAUUUGUAUCUCUUUCAACAAACCUUGGUGACACAUUGCAACAACGCCAAUCUGACCUAUGACCGUCGACAUUAUCGCUUGAAACACGGCUAGCGUGUUUCAUAUAUGGCGGUCCAACUGCCUGCCGACAUAUGGCAGUAUAAAUCACGAUUCUAGUAAGAGUCGUUCAACAUUGGGAAUACCAAAAGGUGAACAGCAAAGCAUACGCGGGAGGGUAUUGGGGGAUGCAAUCGGCGGGGUCUAUUUCAGAAUGAUUUACGUCGGUUACUGCAUUUAUGCAAGUAACUACAUUUAGGAUACAAUUUCAAUGCAUU